GUGCCCUUGAUUCUUGUAAUGUUUUGCAACAGAUCACACAGGAAGUGCCGUUUCCUAUUUUCAGAUAUAGGGUUUAACUAUAUGUUUGUUCACAAAGACGAAGGCGACACGGUCUGAUAAAACAAGCUUGAUAAAUCAGUCAUCAACUGAGUGUGCUCAGCAUAACCUGCACAACACAGGGCUCCACAACAUUUGUAUUGCAGAGUUACUGAAGACCAGACCUGUUUCAUGACCUUGGCCUGACCAACACCCUGCAGACCAACACCGUCGACUUGCUGCUUCUCCAGCUGGACCAACACACCAUGGAAAACGAUACUAUAGGCUUUCUUGACAUGGCUACAACAACAGAAUUUGACUAUGGCGAUUCAGCACCAUGCACGGGGACUGAGGAAAAGCACUUUGCAGCUAAUCUUCUGCCACCGCUUUAUUCUUUGGUGGUAAUAUUUGGCCUCAUAGGCAACGUGCUCGUUGUCCUUAUCCUGAUAAAAUACAAGAGAUUGAAGAGUAUGACUGACAUCUACCUGCUCAAUCUGGCAAUUUCUGAUUUGCUCUUUAUAUUUUCUCUUCCCUUUUGGGCCUACUAUGCUGUUCAUGACUGGAUUUUUGGGGAAGCGUUGUGCAGAAUUCUCUCAGGUGUCUACCUCCUCGGCUUCUACAGCGGCAUCUUUUUCAUAAUCCUGUUGACCAUAGACAGGUAUCUGGCCAUAGUGCACGCAGUGUUUGCUUUGAAAGCGAGGACAGUUACCUACGGCAUCCUUGCCAGCAUUGUCACUUGGGCUGUUGCUAUGCUUGCCUCUGUUCCUGGGAUAGUGUUUCACAAAACUCAGAAGGAAAAUUCACGGUAUACAUGCAGUGCUCAUUUUCCAAGUGAUAGCUCAAUAAAUUGGAAGUACUCCUACAUUUUAAAGAUGAACAUUCUGGGACUUGUCAUUCCAAUGUUCAUUAUGAUUUUCAGUUACUCUCAAAUUCUAAAAACAUUAUUGGGAUGUAGGAAUGAGAAAAAACAGAAGGCUGUCAGACUUAUUUUUGUGAUCAUGAUUUUUUACUUCAUCUUCUGGACACCAUUCCAUAUUGCUUCUUUUUUGCAUACGUUUCAAAGUUCAUUUUUUGACCCAGAUUGUGAAACCCAAAGUAAACUGGAGAAAGCAAUCCAAGUGACAGAAACCAUUUCAAUGAUCCACUGCUGUAUCAAUCCUGUGAUCUAUGCGUUUGUUGGAGAAAAGUUUAGGAAAUAUCUUUAUAACUUUUUCCGAAAGUAUGUUGCAGCUCACCUCUGCAAAAAAUGUCCAUCUGUUUAUCGUGAAAAGUUAGAAAGAGUUAAUUCCACAUUCACACCAUCCACUGCAGAACAUGACAUCUCUACUGGACUGUAAAAAUACAUCAAAAGACUAUCUAGUAGAUAUUUUCAUUCAGGACUGCAUGACAUUAUUGAAGAACUUUAUGUCAAGCACUACUAAAAACUUCAUGACCCUCAAUUCUUGUGGUUAAUCCCGUGGAUUACAUUUUUUUUUUAUAUAUAUAUUCUUAAACUAACAGAAUCUACCAUUUUUCCAAUAAUUGUUAAUGCCAUAGCUGGAUCACAUCAAGAUUUGAAUAGGGCCCAGAAUAGUUUUAUUCUGGUGGUUGGACCCAGUUCUGUCCGAUGAACAAAUGCUCAUGAGGUUUAUUGAGGGGAAUGUAAUGUUGAAGAGACCAAGGAGUAAUAAAUCAUUUUGCAAGAAGCAUUUGCAGCUAUGUGAACAACACAAGCUCAGGAGGAAGCUUUGAGGAUUGAUGUGCCUGUUCAGUAUAUACCAUUAAGCAAACACCUAAAAUCCUGAUCGCUUUUGGAAGUGAUGGUAUUCUUUCCACAACAUAGCCAGCCAUCUGGUAGUGGGAAGCUUUCAGUCUUCUUCAUUUUACUCCUCAUUCCCUUAUGUUCCCUAUAUGAAUAAGAGAUGUUUCCACGAAAACGAUGAAUAUGAAAUAUAACAAGAAAACAUCUCUCCUCUGAUGGGAGAGUUGACUGACCUUUAUGUUGCUGCAGCCAUUUAACCCAUGGAUUUAUCUGUUAGUUAAUAGUGUAGUUGUUUUUAAAUGCAAUCCUUUCUACUAUAGGCUAAGGUUUAGUGUUUUUAUUUUAGGUCUUUAAUUUUAUGCCAACCAUAUCAGUGUUCAGUUGACAACAUUUUCCAAAGUGGGUUUAAUGGGUAACAUUGUGAUUUUUGUGGGUGCAGUUUUACACGUAACUGCACACACCGAUUUUACUGACUGCAAAGAAGUCAAUGUUGCGCACCCCCCAAAAACAUAUCAUAUUCCUCCAAGGAAAUCAGCACUUGUCCAAUAAAGGUACAUCAGCAAAGAUUGGCAAGGACAGAAUUAAAAUUACCUUGGUAUUUGCUGUGCAAGAUUCUGUAUGAAAAUAUCAGGACCCUCUGGAGGAUUUUGGAGACCAUGAGCUGAGUACUGGGUGGAGGGGUGGAGGCCUCCCUAGUUCUGGAUAUAUAAAUCACAUGUGUAGAGGCAGAUUUUGUGUGGGAGAUGCAGAAAGCAUGUCAGGGUAGUCUCCUGCAUGCUACAAAUAUGUUCUGGACAUACACAGCAAGUCUGCUAGCUGGGAAACACUUCUAGGAAGACAGCAACCUUGGAACUACAAAAGCAACCAACUGUAGGGGAGAUACAACUCCUUGCCUUCCCAGGAGAAGAGCACUCAUUGCCUCUGGUGCCGCUAUCAGGACUGCACCCUUACUGAAGACUUGAGACCAUUACUCACUGGUGUCUUAUGGCCAUACAUUUAUGCCAUUAUUGGGAACUUUCCUGUAAAAGAAAGUGGUAUUCUAGGACAUGAUACUAACUUUAAGGUGUUGCUUUAAACUGUAAGGAAGUGCAGGUGAACAGUCCUUAUGUGAGUGAACAGUUUGCUUCGAGGGACACCAUUCAUGCAUGCAAGCAAGGCCUUGCUCACAGAAAUCUGCAAGGACAGGUUCAACCAACCUCCAGGCAACACGAGGAUGGAAGAAGGGACUCCACACCACUUAACAUUAGGCAUGUGACAGAUGCCUACGUUGACAGCAAAUCUCUUCAAGAUCCUUUGAUGGACAGUAGGGGGAAAGAGACACUUGUGUCAGAAGCAGACAUGAUUUAAAUGGCAUCUGGGGGAGACGACCUGUCUGACUGCUCCCCCGUGAGGUUAAUAGCCACAGAUAUACAAAGGAAAGACCAAAACUAUGCUCACAGUAAACUUUCCUAAUUGGAAAUAUUAUUUUUCCUUUCUUUUGUACAUUUUACUGCACAAAAGUGAAAGCACCUUUUUAAUGUUAAAGUAUAAAUUAGAUCAGUGUGAUACAAAGCCUGCUGUAGCCAUGGUAUUUCUAAUGCUGUGCUUUAUUUUCAUAGAAUCAUAGAACUUUGAAUGCUUGUCUUGUUGGAAUUACGUUCCUUCCUAUUUUUGUGUUAAUGAAGUGAAACUAAUAAAAUCUGUGUCUGAAAAGUGAGGUA